AUGGUGGAACAAUCUUUCCAGAGUACCAGUACACCUUCCACAGAGUCAGCAGCUGCAGCAGGUACCAACACCACCACUACUACCACCACUACUUCCAGCAGCCAGUCUUCAGCAGCUUCCAACACUCAGUCCACACCAGCCACGCAGGCAGCAUCAGGGGGGUCCGUGGGAAGUGCAGAGUCUUUGCUGGUGAUGGGUGAAGAGUUCAACAGGAUGGUAGAGAACAUUAUGGAAAUGGGAUAUGAGAGGUCGCAGGUGGAACGUGCAUUGAGGGCGAGCUUCAAUAAUCCGUACACGGCUGUUCAAUACCUAGUGGAUGGAAUUCCCCCAAAUCUUGAGGAGCCAGCCGCACAGCCAGCACAUGGUGGCGAUGGGGGAGGAGAGGAGCAAGUUGUGGCAGAGGGAGAGGCAGAUCCCGAUGAGGAUCCUUUAAACUUCCUUCGAUCGCAGCCUCAAUUUGAGCAGAUGCGACAAAUGAUUAGGUCCAAUCCAUCAUUGCUGGAUGCAUUCAUCCAGCAAAUUGGCCAAACAAAUCCGCAGCUACUUCAGGUGAUCCAGCAAAACCAGGAGGCCUUUGUGCGUAUGCUGAAUGAAGGUGGCAGUUCUGGAGGUGGUAGCACAGGUGGUGGUAGUGGUAAUCAAGGUGGUGAUGGCAGUGGUGGCCGAGCUGCUCCUGGACAAAAUGCAAUCCUUGUUUCCCCUCAGGAUAGAGAUGCCAUUGAAAGGCUGAAAGCUCUAGGUAAUUUUCCUGAAGAUGUGGUAAUCCAAGCUUACUUUGCCUGUGAGAAGAAUGAGAACCUCGCUGCAGAGUUUCUCUUCAGUCAGACUUGGGAUUAGGUUAUACUUGUACCCUCUCUUUAACAAAUUAUAAGUUAAUUUAGAAUAUGAAAUCUCUUGUUAAGUGCACAGCUAAGCUAUGGGCUGAUUUCCAGUGGCUUGUUAUCUCGAAAUUGUCCAAAGAAAGUCGAUUACAGAUUUUCAUAUAUCAAAACCUGAGUUCAUACAUGUUAGGAGACCCUGUGUUUGGUGCAGGUAACUGACCAGCACUAACUGUUAUGUGGUUGUAUGCUUCAAACACCUAUGCUGCCACUCCUUUGUGUAUAUAAUGUGUGUGAGAUUGCUUUCAUGCAGAUUCAAUAUGUUACUAUUAAGAGGUAAAAAGAA